GUCACUUUUGCACUUGUUCUUUCGAAUCCAGUCCGUUGGCGGGGAGAGCCAGAGGUGGUGCGCCUACAGGCCGGUCCACCUAUUACAAUUGGAGUCCCAGGUAUCAACAAUCCAAUCUUCCCUAGAUUUUCCAAUCCAGCUGUCAAAUUACAUUAUGGCUAUUACCCCCGUGGAAUGCCAAUGUCUAACCGAUCUAUUCAGCCAAGGCGUUACGGUGCGUCGGUGGCUAUCCUCAUGCUCUCUUCCUGUGGAUGCCAGGCGUAACGCCGCAUAAUCUGACAACUCCUGCAUACUUCUUGCCGUCCUCUAAUGAAUAUCGAAAAGAAACUCGUAGAUCAGAGCUUUUGCAGAUAAGACAGUAUUGAGACGUGGGAGUCAACAAGAGAACCCGGUUUACGCUAACUUGGCCAUUUCCUGGACGCAACAAUGAACAACUCAACAUCAUUCUUUAUCCAAAUUCCAACAAUUGUUUUUUACUGCACCCUUGAAAGGUUUCAAUAAAGUCGGAAAGUUUUGCAACUGAUCAAGCUUUUUGAAGUUAGCAGAAAUACUACCUCCUUCUUGCAGUAUUGCGGAAAAGUUCGCGAAGCUGAACAACUGCUUAACAACUAUUCCCAUUCACAACGACACUAUUGCCACAAUCUUAAUCAGGCAUCAACCAACGCCUAGUUUCGUUAAGAUACCCUACUUUUUUCCCGUCUUCACUUGGAGAAAAACCUCAAACUCAUACAACAACAACCUCUUUCAACUUCGUCUCCCCCAGCCUCGAUCUCGAGCUUCAUCAAGAUUGCAAACCCUCAUCACUCAGAUCUUAUCAUUCAACCUUUUCAUCUUCGGUAUUCUACCUCAGUCGCUACGAUGGCCAUCUUGGACUGCCUACAGGGCAUUGAGGUGACUGUAUGGGCUGAUGAAGAAGCUCUCGAGGAGUAUGGCACAGAAAACGACAUCGUUACUCAUGCAGAUCCUGCCGCCGCUGCUCAUCAGCAAGCUCGAACUGUCACUAAGUACAUCGAAUCCGUAAUUGGUACAAUCUUCUGGGUCAAAGUCAAUGUCAACGCCCCCUUCAAGAGCGACUGCCCAAACCUUUCGUUCCAGCUCUUCGUCGAUGGAAAACGUAUCCGUUGUCUUCUCAUGAGUGAGAGUGAAUAUGCUCAAGGCAGCUGGUCUACUGUCUUUGAAGGACCAGUCGAAGGUCGAAAGUCUCACGCCAAGGUGAUGGCCAUGAAAUUCGCCGAGAUACAAUCUACGGAUAAUGGAAUUGAUAGCAGGGAACUUAAGCAGCAUGAAAAAGAGACGGCCGAAGUCGGAAAGAUUGAGAUGCUUGUGUAUCGUAGGUCUAAAGGCAAGAUUAUACCACACAGUGAUGGCAAGUUCAGAGGAGUCAACACUUCCAAGGUCUACCAUGACAAGGUUUUGGCCAAAGAUGGAAAAUCUCAUGGCGUAGUCCUUGGUGACGGGAAGUCUAUCCGUUUGGGUCGGACUUUGCAUACGGAGUUUAUUGACGGCAAGGACUUUCCCAUUGCCAUAUUUCGUUUCAAAUAUCGAUCUGCUCAUGCUCUUCAAACCCUCCACGUUCUUCCCCUAGAAGAAGACCAAAUUGAUACCGAAGGAAGCUCAUCGGACAGCGAUCUUGAUGAUGAUCUCACAGACCUUACACCGAAGCAGCGAAACCAAGUGAUGAAACUGCUGGCUCGGGCCAAGGGCUGUAAUAAGUUGAAGAACAUCAAAUCCGAGACCAAGAGUGAAAUCGAUUCAGCACCCACCAUCAAGCGCGACCACUCCGACGACGAGAGAGAUAUCAAGCCCUCUAAAAAGGCAAAGUUUUCCAAGAAAAAGAAGAUGCUAGGCAAGACAACAAUCGACCUUACAGAAAUCGACGAUGAGGAAGCUGAAACUCAGGUCAUCGAUCUUGACUGAGUACCAGGACUCCAGGAGCGUUCACCCUUCAAUUCCAAGAUUGCAAGUUCAGCCAGAGUCGUGAUACACCUUUUGCGUCCAGAUCGCCCAGGAUCACGUAAUCAAGAUCAUUCAUCCCGAGCUGUUCUCAGCAGUAUUCCCAAUCAACAGGCUUGAAUUUUUGCGUCUAUUCCAGAUAUUCUCUCACAGAAUACCAGCAUCGUAUGAACAGUCAAGGCUCUCCUGACACUGUCACUUAUCACAUGAACAAGGAUGAGGAUCUUCAGGAGGAUCGAACGGUAGAUAUUGACGAGCUGGGUUCCUCAACGAAAAGGGAUGGAUUUAACCCAUGUUUCCUCCAUUUGUGAUGUAGAAGCGCACAUGCAGCACAAAGCAAGCUACAAAUCUAGCACAAAUACGAAUGAGGCAAGCUGCAC